CCGUCCCUCUACUCUCGGGAUUCACUCCCGCUGUCCGUCCUCGUUUCCGCCCCCCACACACCGGCCCAGCAACGCGGCCCGAGGCUUCCUCUCCUCGCCUCGCGACCGCUCCGCCCAACCUCCGCCGCCGCCGACGACGACGGGCGGCCAACCGCCCCACCGUCGAGUAUGGCCUCAUCCCCGUCACCGGUCUCGCCCCCCUCGGCGCCCUCCACACAGAGAAAACGAGGCUCCUCCACAGACUCCAUUGGCAUGUAUGCAGUUCAAUGUUGUGAGUGUCACAAAUGGCGCAAGGUUCCGACGAAGGAUGAAUUUGAGACAAUUCGUGAGAAUUUCACUGAGGAGCCAUGGCACUGCAGUAGAAGACCUGACUGCUCGUGUGAAGACCCUGCUGACAUCGAAUAUGAUAGCAGCCGUAUAUGGGUCCUUGACAAGCCUAACAUACCAAAGCCUCCAGCAGGAACUGAGAGACUAGUGAUUAUGAGAGGUGAUUUGUCUAAAAUGGAUACCUACUAUGUCAUGCCAAAUGGGAAGCGUGUAAGAUGCACUGCAGAGGUGGAUAAGUUCCUUGAGGCCAACCCGCAGUACAAAGAUCGCUUUUCAGUUGAAAGCUUCAGCUUUACAACACCAAAGAUUGUCGAGGAAACUGUUUCUCACAACUCCGUGUGGAAGUCUGGAAAGGCUAAGAAGCAGGACAAGAUAAAUGCUUUGAGCAAUAACAAUUAAUUUCUUUCAAAAGACUUUAUAUUAUGCUUAGGUGAUGCUCAUCUCAGGUUGUGGUGCUACCCUCAUCUACUUUGUGGGCUGGUCAAAUCUGUUUAUAUUUGCACUUAGUCUGUUCGGUCUCUGUGAUCUGUGUGUUAUGAUGCGCUGAACCUUUUCUUUCUUCUUCAUUAUGUAUUAACUCUUGGCAAACUUUGAGAUGGUUGAGAAGGGUUGUGGGUAUGUUGGCCAUAACUAACCUUAGUUAUAGGCAUGCUCUUUUGUUA